AGGCCGUGACAAGGAAAAGAAUCGUCUCGCCCAGAGAGUAUCCCUGAGGGAUACAUGUGCAUAUGCAGUGGCAGUUUGUUAUGCGCGUCGUCCGUCAUGAACAGGGGAUGAGAGGUCCGAGCUGUCGUCAACCCGCAUUAUCAAAUUUCGCCCAGUCUAAUAAUACAUGCAGCACGGUCCUCCUGUCGUUCUGUCUAUCCUGCUAGUAAUAGCGGUCCGCCUCCGCGACCCUCGGAGUGGUGCCCCGGGCUUUUCUUACCGUCGUACAUACCACUUGCACGGGGGUUACACGGACGCCACACUGGCUCUAUUUGGCAACUCUUCUGCAGGCUAUUUAUCUCAUCGGCGAAGCGGAAGGAUUAAUCGUGGCUGGCUGUGUCAUCUCUGGUUGAGAGAUGGCACACACAUCAGUCAGCGAUAGAACAAGUCCAGCUGGCAAGACCCCGAUGGGCAAUUUCUAUGAGUAAUGCAUUUAUAUGCUUUAUCAUGGGAGAGCAGGGGACGAUGCUCCGUGGAGACUCAUGAGGUCAGUCUAGUUUA